AUGACUCCAACGAAAAUACCGGUAAAUGAUUUCAUUGUAGCUACAGAAAAAGCAACAUGGUUUUUGUCCCCGGAAAAAGCUGACCAACUACGGGCGGAAGUCACAGGUAUUUUAACAAAUGAUAAAUUUCCUAAGUCCAGUCUCUCAAAGGAAGAACACAAAGCCAUGUUAGACCUCCAAAAAGACAAAUCUAUCCUUAUUAUGCCAGCAGAUAAAGGUAGAUCAACUGUUGUGAUGGACAAAGAUAAAUAUGAGCAAAAGGUUAAAGACAUAUUGAAUGAUGAAAAGACUUAUAUGAAAUUAGACAAGGACCCCACUCCCAAAUACAAACACAACCUUGUAGACAUUCUGAAAAAGUUGAAAACUGACAAUAAGAUCACGCCGGCUCAAUAUGAUUACUUAUAUCUGACAGCUGAAAAUGUACCACGCAUGUACUGUACACCUAAAAUCCAUAAACCCAAUACUCCAUUGAGACUGAUUGUGGACUAUACAGGUUCAAUAGGUUACGACACUUCAAGAGCUUUGGCAGAUAUUUUGGGUCCAUUGGUGGGUACUACUCAGUACCACGUGAAGAAUUCAAAGGAUUUUAGCAAGUGCAUGGCUACGGUAAUGAUAAAUGAGAAUGAAAUGUUCAACUCACACGAUGUCGUGUCACUGUUCACCAACACCCCCAUAGAGAAAGUCCUAAGGGUCAAUGAAGACCGAUUGAAAGCAGACCAACAGCUUAAAAAAAGUACCAACCUGUCAGUUCAAGACAUUAUGACUCUGUUGAAAUUUAUUCUGACUACCACUUACUUCACCUUCCGUGACCAAAUAUACCAAAAGAAAUUUGGCACCGCCAUGGGUAGUCCCGUUUCACCCAUUGUCGCUAACCUCUUGAUGGAAUUUCUUGAACAACAGGCUAUAGCGACUGCACCCCUAGCCUGUCGACCAAAACUAUGGAAAAGGUAUGUGGAUGAUGUACAUGAAAUCAUCAGAAAGGGACAGGUUCAGCACAUUACUGACCAUUUGAACUAA